CUGCCAACGAUCGAAAGUUAAACACAAUGAAUCGUAAAAUAGUUGUUUUGCUGCUGACUCUCAUGUUGGCGCUCCAAUUACAAGCGCAAAAGGAUUACAAAGGAACGAUUACGAAAAUGUGCAAAUCGGGACAACUAAAAGAAAUCGUUAACACGUGCCUCAAGAAUCAAUUGAAGAAUCCGGCUGACGAGAAAACUGUUUCCCAAAUGAUUGAUAAAAAGUACGUCACAUUUGAUCAAAUGUUGAAGGAUGUCUGUAAUACGUCGAGCGCGGCUUCAAAGAAACUGGUAACGAGACUAUUUAAGCUUGUUACGACACAAUACUCUAAAAUCAAAGCGAUGUUCAAAAGGGAUCCAAAAGCAUGCAUCAUGAAGUACAAUCAUAGUUAAGUGUUAUGUCAGUGUUUAUUCAAUUAAAUUUUUUAGCAUAAAUGUGACAGUUCUUUGUGUUUAAAAUGUUGGAUUUAGUAAUCCAAUGAUAUAAUAUCCAAAUUAAUCGUUUAGAUUUAGUGUGCCGUGAAGUAAUUUCAGUUGUUCAUUCUGUAAGAACUAAAUAUACU